CCGCGCUUGCCUCUCCCGCGGCGGGCCGGGCUGCCCGGCCGGCUCCAGCGCCUGCGGCCCCCGGCCUCCCUCCAGCCCCGGCACGCCCCGGCGCCAGGCGCGGCGCGCUCGGCGCGCAGACCCCGCGGCGGCCGCGCAGCCUCAGGCCCGCGGGAGAGGCGGGGCGGCCGGGCCGGGGGCGGAGCGGCGGCCGCAGCUGGGAGCCCGCCCCCGCGCUCGGCCGGCCGCCUGGCUGGCGCGGCCAUGGAGGUCUACAUCCCGUCCUUUCGCUACGAGGAGAGCGACCUGGAGCGCGGAUACACGGUGUUUAAGAUAGAGGUUCUAAUGAAUGGAAGAAAACACUUUGUUGAGAAAAGAUACAGUGAAUUUCAUGCCUUGCACAAAAAGUUAAAGAAAUGUAUCAAAACUCCAGAAAUUCCUUCUAAACAUGUCCGGAACUGGGUCCCAAAAGUUUUAGAACAGCGGCGGCAAGGUCUGGAAACCUAUUUACAGGCUGUCAUCCUAGAAAAUGAAGAGCUCCCCAAACUGUUUCUCGACUUCCUGAACGUGCGACACUUGCCCUCCCUACCAAAGGCAGAAAGUUGUGGAUCCUUCGAUGAGACAGAAUCUGAGGAGUCGAGCAAACUGUCCCACCAGCCGGUGCUGCUGUUCCUCAGGGACCCAUACGUCUUGCCUGCAGCCAGCGAUUUCCCAAACGUGGUCAUUGAAGGAGUUCUCCAUGGGAUAUUCUACCCUCACCUGCAGCCCAGGUAGAAAUCCCGCGCAACCACAAGAAGCUGAAGCGAGUUCCCACUAUCGUCAAGGAAUUGAUUCCUACCACACUAACCUGCGCACGGCAACAGGACAGCGUUAGUCGGGGGUAAGAUUCCAGUCAUAGCUUAAGUCAGGGCAGGGCCGUUUCCUUUAGAAUGGUGCUUUGAAAAACCAGCCGUGGAAGCAGGGCUGUGGUCAGCGUCGGGCCAAGUGUUUGAGAAGUGGGUUGGAGCGGCCGAUGUGGACGCCUGGGAAAGGGGGCGUGGGGCUCACAGCGCAGCGUGGACCUGGGCUGCAGCCACACGUGGAACAUCAGCGUGGACCUUCCUAAGGCUCGGUAGCCCUGCUCCCCAGUCUGUCCUGACCCCGUGACCCUGUGAUGCCUCUUGGCGCCGUGUGACUCUGUCCGCCCAUGAAGUCCAUUUGGAAGUACAGCCCCAGGAGCAUGUGAAAGCAGCAUUCAGAAAAGCCAGGACAGAACCCAGCUGAAGAUUAAAGUCCCCACACUGCAGGUCACCGUGUGGUGGACUUCCUCCUGCCCAGUGGUCAGUGCUCCGGGGGCACGUGACAUGAGCAUGCUCCUGGAUUGCCCGUUGGAAAGAUCCUGUACUGGAAUUUGGUGCAGCCACGCCAGCUGGAGUCUCCUCCAGUCUGGAAAGAAGUGAGCGAUCCCAUGUUUGAAGACAACGUGAGGUGGCUGGUGUGUGCUCAGGAGCCACCUGUGCCAGGAAGAGUGGCAGGCCAUUGAAGGGAUAGUGUCACUGUGGGACUUGGUGUCAUUCGCUCGUCUGCUUUGACCAAUCUCCUGCUGGAGUGGACAUGGGCUGACGGUGUGGAUGCUACAACUCACCUGUCCAAGAUGCUGACAUCUGCGCUGGGUGCAGCUGA